ACAGAUACCGUCAUCGGCGACGCACGUGUGUACGAAUAUCUUGCCGCCUUUUUCGUAAAAAUAAUAUUUAUGUGACAAAAAAUAUUGUGAUGAACGAAACGGUCAGAUAUGUGGCGAGGAUUGUUAUAGUGACGAUUUUUUAUUAUACCAUUUUGAACGUGUUCAAGGAAGCUAAAAAAUACUGGUACGGGAUUGAAGAAGAUACUGUGUGAUUGUGAUCUCCGUUUGCUGACAAAUUUUCAUGUUGUAGGCGUUUACAACAAACUUCUCCUGUAGUACACGAAGAUUUCUCAAAAUGGCAGAUUUCUUUAACAUAUCAGAAGAAAUAAACCCCAGCGUGGAUCCGGGAGUAGAGCCUAGUGAAUUAUCAAAGUUUUCACCAGGCCUGCUGACGUUCGCCGCUGUGGUGACUGGCUUCAUCAUGGUCAUCGGUCUCUUCGGCAACCUGCUGACAGUGGUGGCCCUGCUGAAAUGUCCCAAAGUUAGAAACGUAGCUGCUGCUUUUAUCAUCAGUCUGUGUAUAGCCGACUUCCUAUUCUGCGCCAUGGUGCUCCCAUUCGCCAUAUCCGGCUUCUGGACGAGGACCUGGUCCCAUGGGGGUGCCUUGUGCCAGCUGGUGCCGUUCUUGCGGUACGGAAACGUUGGAGUGUCACUUCUGAGCAUCGCCCUCAUUACAUUGAACAGGUACAUUAUGAUCGCCCACCACAGCUGGUACGGGCGGGUGUACCGCAAGCACAUCAUAGCCCUCAUGAUUAUCUUCUCGUGGCUCUUCUCGUACGGGAUGCAGAUACCCACCCUCAUUGGCAUUUGGGGUAAAUUCGACUUCGACCCGGAACUGGGCACGUGUUCCAUAAUGCCCGAUGCCAACGGCCGGUCCUCCAAAACUGCGCUCUUCGUAAUAGCCUUCAUCGUUCCUGCGCUGCUGAUCUUCAUCUGCUACGCCAGGAUCUUCUGGGUUGUUCACAGCUCCGAACAAAGAAUGCGCGAGCACCAAAGGUCUCAGCACGCCAGCCCUGGCUCCCUCAACAACAGCAACGACAAGCGGUCCACGGUCAAGGACAACCGGGAAACAAAGGCCAGGCGCAACGAAUGGAGGAUCACCAAGAUGGUGCUUGCCAUCUUCCUGUCUUUCCUUGUAUGCUACCUGCCUAUAACUAUCGCGAAAGUCGCUGACAGUCAUGUGCAUUAUCCUGUAUUCCACAUCGCGGGCUACCUGCUCCUGUACGCGAGCGCAUGCGUGAACCCAAUCAUCUACGUGAUAAUGAACGCGCAGUACCGCGCCGCGUACGCAGCCGCCCUGUGCUGCCCCCUAGCGCGGCUAUCUGGGCUCACCAGCGAAAUGGAACGAGCGUCACGGGUACAGCUACAGCAACACACGAACGGCGCUCAGCCAAGUGUCACUGGGGGAAUCCAGGGCAGACCCUCGGGGCUUCCCUACGGGCCUCGGGGGAAGGUAGACAGGACUCCGGGGAGCAGAGGGCCCUCAGUAAGCGGAGCGACAGGAGACGAGCUGAGAACUGAGCCAACUGACAUCUCUAUUAGAAGUAAGACGCUGAAAGAGUCAAACGAAACACCCCGAAGACAUGGCAACAUGAAACCUGGCGGGUCAUUACAGAAUGUGAGGCUGAAAACCGGGUCAUUGCAGAACAUGAGAAAGACCGGGUCCCAGCAAAGUGUUGGCCCAAGAAUCCGGUUUCAAGUUGACAGUGGUAUCAUUGGGAAUGUUGACAAAACCGAUAAGUAGUGACUUGUCGUUCAUUACUGUGACUAACCAAAGAAUUUUCUAUUAUACGCGUUAUAGACUGCAUGCUGAGAGCAUUUUAUCUUGAUAGUAUCUUUAUACAAUAAAACUUUAUAGUAUUUCAACAGUAUAUUUACUUAGGAGUAGUACCUAUUUAACUAGGUAUAUUUAAUGCCACCUCAAACUUAAAAAAGUCCGUCCUAUAAUGAGCGACAAGUCAAAACGCACUUUGACUCGAAUAUUCUUAAUUAAGGUAACUAGGUAUUUAAAAAAAAUGUAAAUAUUAAUACUUAGAUACAACAGGUCAUAAUAUAAUUAUUUUUAAAUUAUUUUCUGUCGUUGAUGUGCAUAUUAUUUGCGUCUUCCAAGAGGUUGUUUUAAAAGUAAACAAUAAAUUGUAGUUAGACUAUUAUUUUGACAUUACAAAACAUUCCUUUUUAAUUAAUUAAGUGUAUCAAUUAGCUGGUAAUUUCAAACAAAAGUGAUAACAUUCCAAAUGUAAAUUAUUGAAACAAUCAUGGACCAAAGAUUUCUAAUUAGCUAUGAUGUUUAAAUUGUUAUUGCAAUUUUUUACCGAUUGAAAAUGUUUUCAGUGCCAAAAUGUUUUUAUUUCAAGUCUUGUGAAAUGCAUAAUAAGUAAUAAAAUUAAUUUACCAAAAUUAAAAUACCAUAUUGAAUCAAAUGUUUUUAUCAAUUUUGUAGGUACUUUUAUGAACUGAGCAGUAUUUUAGACAAUAAAGUUGUUAAAUCACUUUGCCAUAAUAUUAAUAAGUUUGUGAAAUCGUGUAAUAUCGUGUAGAUAUUAGAUUAAGUAAGUAAUCUCACUAUUUAUUACUGAUUUUAUAAUGUUGACAAUGGUAAUUGUUAAAAAUAAACAAAUGAACUCUGA